CUCGCUAAUCAAUGAGUAUAUACACCGCAAAGGCCCCCAGCGUCUCGCUCCACGGCCAGUCUACCUACUGUCUUCGGUCUUCCACCAUCUUGCCCGCAAGAAGCCUCAGCCAUGCGUAUCACCAUCGCCUCAGUUGUCCUCGCUUUCGUGGGUGCUGCCCUCUCCGCGCCGUAUAACCCCAGCUGGCUACACGAGUACAUCGACAUCAGCCCCCUUCAUCCAUGUCUGGUAAGAUCCUUGCUCGUCUCAAAUCAACCGUGCUCAAUGUUAACCUCGUCGCAGCAAGGUUGCAUGGAAGCGAAUAAGAAGAAAUGGGACUAUACUAAAAUGAGUCGCUAUGACUUCUGCGAGUAUAAUUAUUUCCCCGGCGCGCAUGUUUGGCUCCAUGAGACGGUCGCCAAAUGCACAGCAAAGAAGUGUACUCAUGACGAUUAUCUUCAGAACAGGAUGGGCAUUUUGAUCAUUUCCAGUCAUCCUUCAGUCGAUAGCGAUACUAAUGAUCUUUCUAGCAUCCAGGGGCAUGGUUCAAAGAAAUCUGCGGCUUCGAACUUAGAUGAACGCUUUACAUUCAGCGAUAUACGACUAGCGCCUCUUGUUAGUAGGUUUCAGCGACGGCUUUGGCCUUUUUCGACGAAAGAUGAUAAGCUUAAUGUCCUGAUUAGUCGAAUGCUGCAAGGACUCUUGGACUUGGUCGGUUGCAGACACACUAGGAGGCAUGAUCAUAUGCUUCAAUGGGAUCUGCAUCUUUAUGAUCUGGCGUGA